AUGUCCUCCCUCCGGCCAAUCGUUCCCCACCAUCUGCUUCAGGCGGAAUGCUUCUACCACUCGUCUCUUGCCCAAUCUGCAAGGCCCGUUUUCCACCACAAUAGGCGAUUCCAUGCUUCUCCGACACGUGGUCGCCUGGGUGAUCUGCCAAUCGUCGCAGGCAACCUCACAGAGACCCUCGAGGCCCAUCGCUAUGCGAAUAGGCAAAGGUUGAUCCGGUGGAUCCCCUGUAAACCUACAGGCGACCGCAAUGCAGUUGCGAUAGGACCAGCCCCGUCGGUACGGAGAGUACCACGACCAAGACAGAGCCUCCCCGCGACCGAGCGUUCGGUUCAGGAGUCUUCCGAAUUGGGCCUAGAAUUGCUACAUCCCUCAUCGAAGAAACUGAGGCCAGAUAUCCGACCACACGCGGCCAUUUCACUAUUCCGGAAGCUUAUGAAGAAGAGUUCUGCCAGAGUAUCGAGGAAAGAAUGGUCCAGCAGCGACGCUCAAUAUCCCUGGUUAGACUACCUAGAAUCGUCCAAGGAUGAUGGGCUGUCACGUCUGGAUGACGAGAUAAACGCUUUUGAAAACUACAUGUCUCAUAUCCCGCAAGAACAAGCAGCUGUAAACAAAGUUAUUACCGAAGUGGAAGAGAUUCUUCUACAGGAAGACCACCCGCAACCACUUGUGAUAGGUUCUAGGCGGACAGGGCUAGCGAUGCGCCACUCGAAUAUCGACCUUCUGGUCAUGCUUUCAGAUCCAGACGGUCUCUUCAAAUAUCGUGGGCCAAGCCCUACCCGUCCCAAGAUCGCAGAACUUCAACUUGAGCGGCAAGAGCAGAUAUCUCGCCUCCUACGGGGAGCCGCGAAGUUUUCAUCCGUCGUCCUAGUUCGUUCACGCAUCCCAAAAGUCAUCGCAACUCACGCAGCCACAGGACUUCCUGUGACCAUCCAUUGUGGCACUCAGCUCCCUACUUCACUUGAAUUCACCCAGUCCUACUACUCCGAAUUUCCCACUCUCCGUCCGCUCCUGGCAACCAUCCGAAUGAUCCUCGAACAGCGAAACUUAUUCGGGCCCCAGAACAGAGGCAUAAGCACCUAUGGCCUCACCAUGAUGAUAAUCGCUGCCCUCAAACUUUCAGAAGGCAAAUAUUCUCGCACAAGUACCGCGGAACAACUGCUUCACGUCCUCCGCUUCUACUCCACAGUUGACUUCCACCGGUAUGGAAUAUCCGUAGAUCCGCCAUCUAUAUUCCGCAAAUGCAGGCAUCUUCGUGAAUCCUCUAAACUGGUUGAAUCGGAAGCCCCGUACAUCCGUGGACAGAUAAGCAUCGGGAAAAGAUCGGCCAAGCUGGCGUACCAUAUACUGUGUCUGCAGGAUCCGGCAAACUAUAUGAAUGAUCUUGGGAUGGAGGCUUUUCGGACGUUCGAAAUUCAGGAGGUUUUUGGGGACGUCUAUGCUGACUUGCGGGCAGCUGUGAAAGCGUGGGAUCGCGAGUGGAACGACAGUCUUGAUGAAAUAGCCAGCGAGGAGGUAAAUAGGGAGCCAAGCGUGGAGUUGAUAACUGCCAAAGCAAUAAGAGAUAGUGACGAUAAGAAAGCUGUGAGCAUGUUGCAGUUUGCCUUGGGAGGAGAUUACGAGCGGCUUGAGAGGAUAAGGGAUAAAGUCAUCCUUGGAGCCGGGAGUUGA